GAUCUCUCCCGCUCCUUCAAAGGUGUUUCCCACGAGCCCUUUCCUGAAGAGGUCUCCAAGGUUUUGAACGAGAGUAUCAACCUGUCUGAUAUCGAGGUCAAGCCUGAUGGCAUGCUAUAUAUUCCCGAGAUCAAGUACCGUCGUAUUCUCAACAAAGCAUUUGGUCCUGGUGGAUGGGGUCUUGUUCCUCGAGGCCCUCAUACUGUCAACAACAAAAAUAUCUCGAGAGAAUAUGCGCUGUUUUGUCUUGGACGAUUUGUUUCUCAGGCCCGUGGUGAACAAGAUUUCUUUGGCGAGGAUAGUCUCCCCACUGCCUCGGAAGGCUGCAAGAGCAAUGCUCUUAUGCGCUGUUGCAAGGAUCUGGGCAUCCACUGGGAACUGUGGGAUCCUGUUUUUAUUCGUAAAUUCAAGGCAGAACAUGCAACCAUGGCCAUGGGUGUCCAUGUGUCCAAUGGUACUAAAAAAUAUCUCUGGCGUCUCAAGACCAGAACUUUAGAUUAUCCCUACAAGGAAGAUACUUCUGGAUCCAAGGGAUCUACUGCUGCUCCUCGUCGUUAA